CUCAGGACUACGUUGAAGACAUGCAACUGGUACGUAGUGGAUGGUGAUAGUAGGAAGACAGCGUGCAUUUUGCUCGAGGCGCUUACACUCUAAUCUCAUUUUUUUUUUUAAUGAGAAAUAUGCAUUAGUGUGAAAACGAAAGUGGUCGGUGUUGGUUUUUUUUGUGGUUUCAUGUGAAGAUUGAUUGGUUUCAUUUUGAAUACAAACUUAAAUUUAUUCUACUCAGAGCUGGAGACAAUUGAUAAGGAUUCAAAAUGCCAGGUGAUUCUUACUACUGGUCACCUACUGAAAACGAGACGGACGAUUCUCUUGUAGAUAAAGAACCUUACAUAGAUCCAUGGGAUUUGGAGAAUUACGCUUAUAUUAGGGAGCACCUCGACUCCAUGGAGCUUAGUUCUAGUCAUAGUGGUCCUAGUGGAAGUUCAGGAGAAUUUGCAGAACCGACUAAUUCAUUCGAUUAUGUACCCGGAAAAAAAGCUAAGCCAGUAUCUUCAUCUUUUGCAUCUGCAAUGACGAAUAUCAGAGAAGAGAGAUUCGAUUCAAUCUUAAGCGACCAAGAAAAUUACGCCGCAAUAGAAGACAUUCAACAGUACGAGAAGAAGAAUAGACAAACUCGAAGUGAAAUGUACUAUCCAACCAAAAGAAGAAUGGCAUAUGAUUAUGAGACAGAAGAAGACGUGUCUCCCUACGCUGAAGGAAUUGUGCAAGAAAAUUCAGUGUUUGGUAUAUACGAUGAAAAGGGGAUGUUUCGACGAGUUGCAUUACCACUCUCUUAUAAAACAAGAGAUAGAAGUCUAAGUUACUCAUAUGGAGAUUCAUGCGUUGAAUACAAUUCUAGGAUACAAUCACAAACUUCAACUGAAGAAUUUCCUAGUGAUCGAAGAGAUACUAUGUAUCCAAUUUACGAUGAUGUAGAAAAACAGAAAAAAAUUAAACCGCAUUUCGGUUUCAGUAAAUACGGCCAUCUCAAAAUCGACUACUCCUGCAGCUGGAAUAACCUCAAUAAAUUCAUGAAGUACAAUUAAAAAUUUAUAUUUCAGUCCUACAAUGAUUAUAUAUAAAAUUUUUGUGAAA